AUGUCCUCUCUGCUGGCCCGACUGGGCCAUCUGCAGGCGCGAAAUGCAGCUCACUCGCUCAGGAUCAAUGGCAAGAAAUCGACCCCCAACGAGGUCGGGUGCGUGGACUGCAGAGCGAAAUGCCACGAAGCGUUGAGUCAGAGCCGAAGUUACGGCGACAAUGGCUCGUCUCGGAUGUUUUCGACGCAAAGACACAAACGAGCUGUACAAAAAGUCUCUACACCACCGUUUCGACAUACACGGCAGCGGCGCGAGAUACACCACACGGCAGCUUCCAGGGAGAGAAACGCUCAUGAUCCCAACGAUCCCAACGAUCCCAACGGCCUCAACGAUGUAUCCACUUUCCCUGUUUACCCCGCUCGGGAUACGCGGCGAAGCAAACGAACCGAAAAUACCACACGAGGCUCCAAAAAUGCUCAGAGGUCGGACGAGGACGAGGACGUGAGCCUAUGGGAGUCAUUCGAGCGAGACUACGAACUAGACGAGGACAAUGAUCAAACCGAAAAGACCACGCGAGGCUCCAAAAAUGCUCAGCGGUUGGACGAGGACGAGGACGUGAGCCUAUGGGAGUCAUUCGAGCGAGACUACGAAKUAGACGAGGACAAUGAUCGAACCGAAAAGACCACGCGAGGCUCCAGAAAUGCUCAGCGGUUGGACGAGGACGAGGAAUUGAGCCCAUGGGAGUCAUUCGAGCGAGACAACGAACUAAACAAGGACAAUUAUCAAACCGAGAGGAGACCAAAUGCGUCUGCGACCCUUGCCUCCCUGAAGAGAGAAGGUGACAAGAGGCUGGAUAUCGACUACAGGACACGCCUUCCCUCUGCUCUCUUGCAUGGUGAGGCAGACACGGUAGUGCGCUGUUUAUUUGCUGCGGAUCGGGACUUCGUCAAAGCCCUGCCAGCAGCAACCUUCAGUGAAAUCAUCCGCGUGCUUGAGCCACGAAACUUCAUGUCCCCUCCGGCUGCUGUGCAUUUCGAUCUGAGUGCURCCAUGGCUCACAAGCUCCAAGUUGCUCCCAUGCGCGAAGUUGCAUACGAAUAUGCUUCGGUUUUGAAGGAGGCCGUUGGAUUGCGGCGUGGAAUUCGAUUGACGCUGUCAGACUACAAAUCCCUUCUCCGCAGUGCCCGUGAUCUUGGGAAUCAAAGGUUCUCACGCAUGCUCUGGGAUCACYUAUUGAUCGAGGAGCACAAACCUGACACGAAAUGCUAUAACCYUUACAUGUCUUCUUUGUUGUGGAACGGCUUGCAUUCGGCGGGCGCUCGCCAAAAGACUCGAGUGAUUGACUUCAAUAUGGCAGCUCGGAAGAAGGAGACGCCAAAGCCCAACUUUCGCCAUUAUCGAGUCGGAGCAGGGGGUUUGCGGGAGGUCGCUAUGUCAAUCUUCAACGACAUGCUCGCCAAUGGCGUAAUCGCGAAUGAGGAGACCUUCCGCAUCCUGAUCACCGCAGCCUCACGGGAAGGCGACCUCGAAACCAUGAAGUCCGUCCUCAAGAAGGUCUGGAAUAUCGAUGUGGAUGCUUUCCUUGCAGGCGAGGAUGAGGCUACCAUCACACCUAAAUCUUUGCAACCAGACUCAGCUCUCUAUCCGACCCCGCAGCUGCUUUUUACGAUCGCGGAUGCCUUUGGGAGCAACAACGACAUUCCUUCUGCUCUUCGGACGGUCGAUUUUGUCGCCCGCCACUAUCAGCUUCCCAUUACGCUUACGGUCUGGGAACGGCUCUUUGAGUGGACAUUCGUCUUGGCCCUUGAGCGGAUCGGGACCCACAGGAAGACUGGAAGUGAUGCUGGGCAACUCCCUGGCGAAAGUGUGAUGAGUCUUUACAACACCAUGACGUCUGCUCCAUAUUAUAUCCAACCGACCAUGGGAAUGUACAAUUAUCUCAUCAAAAUCCUCUGGGAACAAGGCGAGAGUAUGGAGAUGUUAGAGCACAUGCGGGAAGGACGGAAGCUUYACUCUCGAAAUCGCCGUCACGCACGGAACCUGUGGUAUGCCCUUGAACAAUCGCUCGAACUCGAAAGCAAUUCUCCGUUGCAACCUGAUCGAGAAAAGCUUCGUCUUGAAUACGAGGCGGCGGAUCUUGUACGGAAACAGGGUUUGUUUCRGCUGAAGAGGUGGUURAGAUUGCUGUUGGCAAGCUCUAGAUCUUCGGAAAACAACCACUUCGCAUUUGAUAUACCUGGCAUCUUGUGGGAGUGGCGGUCAUGUGCACCUACAAAGGUGAGAUAUGAAUUACCAACUGGGUUUCUUGAAUUCAGCAUUCGAACGUGGGAAGAAAUGGCGAGCUAUGCGAUGUCGUCUUUUGCCCACAAGAGUAAUCGGAGACACGCGCUGAAGAAGGUGGAGAGGUAUAUUGGUGAUAGAUGGAUUGUGGGUGAGGUUCGCCCGGCGAAGAGGUUACUGCCGAGGAAGUAG